AUCACACAGAGCUAGGCUAGAGGAGCUAGUCGAGACAAACAGCAGCGCGCUGCGAAAACCACUUUUACCAUCCGCACCCAGCGAGCACCGGGCGCCGACUGGAAAACAUCCCAUGAUCCGCACAUAAAUGCCCGCAUGGAUUACUGAUACACCUCCGUCGACGAGCAGAAGUCCUUCUCCACUCCGCGGCGUAGACCCACUUUCGUCCCACUGGUCGCCUCCAGGACUCAUUGAAAGAUGAAGACUCUGGAGGAGCCCCCCUACUUGACAGUAGGGACGGACGUGAGUGCAAAGUACCGAGGGGCUUUCUGUGAGGCCAAGAUCAAGAUGGCCAAGAGGCUAGUCAAGGCCAAGGUGACCUUUAAACCAGAUCUGUCCACAGCCGAGGUCCAUGAUGAAAAUAUCAAAGGAACUCUAAAGGUGGGUGCUGUUGUAGAGGUGAAGAAUCAGGAUGGAGUUUACCAGGAGGCCACAAUCAACAAGCUGACUGAUGCUAGUAUAUAUACUGUUGUCUUUGACGAUGGCGAUGAGAAGACCCUGAGGCGUUCCUCUCUCUGCCUGAAAGGAGCGCGUCACUUUGCAGAGAGCGAGACACUUGACAGACUCCCUCUCACCAACCCCGAGCACUUCGGCACACCUGUCAUCGGCAAGAAGGGCAACCGCGGGCGACGAUCAAACCCUAUUCAAGAAGAAGAGGUGUCUUCAUCUUCAAGUGAAGAGGAGGAGAAUGAUCAGCGGCAGAACAAGGAAAUGUUUGGCAAAGUGGUCUGUGUGGAGGGGGUCACCACCGGGGACAAGAAGAAGAGCGCGUGGUACCCUGCACUGGUCAUCUCCCCGGACUGCAAUGAUGAUGUGAAUAUGAAGAAGGACAACAUCUUCGUCCGCUCGUUCAAAGAUGGAAAAUUCUCCAUGGUGCAGAGGAAGGACGUCCGUGAGAUCAGUAGUGACUGUCCUCCAAAAGCCGACGCAGGGCUCAAACCUGCGCUGGACGCAGCCUUCGAGUUCCAGCAUCAGUUGCUCGUGCCCAGCACCUGGAAGACGGACGUGAAAGAAGAAAGUUCCAGCAGUGAGGAGGAGGAUGAUGAUGAAGAGGAAGAGCAGCAGGCAGAUGCCAGUGGUGAAGAAGAAGAGGAGGAAGUGGAGCCGUUCCCAGAGGAGAGGGAGAACUUCCUUCAGCAGCUUUACAAGUUCAUGGAGGAUCGAGGAACUCCCGUCAACAAGCGACCUGUUCUGGGCUACAAGAACCUGGACCUGUUCAAGCUCUACAGGCUGGUGCACAAACUGGGAGGCUUUGAGAAGAUUGAAAGUGGUGCAGUUUGGAAGCAAGUCUAUCAGGAUCUGGGAAUCCCUGUCCUUAACUCUGCCGCUGGCUACAAUGUCAAAUGUGCUUAUCGCAAGUACUUGAAUGGAUUUGAAGAAUACUGCACUUCCACGGCGAUAACCUUCAGGAUGGACCUCCCCUUGAAGCAGGGUCCUAAGGGGGAGGUGAAGCCUGAGGGGGAGGCAGGAGAAGCAGCUCCCACAUCCUCCGGGUCAGAGGAGCAGAAAGCCCAGGAGGAUGAGGAACCUUGCAGUGCACAGUCUAUAGUCUGCAAGGAGGAGAAUCCUGAUACAACCAGUAACAAAACAGAGUCUGAACCUCCCAAGUCUGUGGAAAAGGAGAGUACGGACGAUGAAGAUGGGGAGGAAGACGCCCCCCACAACGGAGACGCGGAGGAGGGCUCGUCGACUGCUCACCUUGCAGCCGAGCAUGUGAAACAGGAGCUCGACGAGGAGCAGGAGAGCAAGGACAACUCUGGGGAUGACAGCAGUCAGGAGGGGGAGGAGGGGGAGGAGUUUGAGUGUUACCCCCCGGGGAUGAAGGUGCAGGUGAGGUAUGGGCGAGCCCGCAAUCUGAAGACGUACGAGGCCACUGUGAAAGAGGCAGACGUGGAGGGGGGAGAGGUGCUCUACCUGGUGCACUACUGUGGCUGGAACGUCAGAUAUGAUGAAUGGAUCAAAGCUGACAAGAUUGUGCGCCCCGCCAAUAAGAAUGUUUCAAAAAUAAAGCACCGCAAAAAAAUAAAGAACAAAAACGAGAGGGAGCGAGACAGGCUGGACAGGAUCAAUGACAGAGAAGUCCUCGGCCCGUCGCCGAACGGUAACCGCGUCCCGCGCUCCAAAUGUGGCCUGAGUCAGGAUGUCUUUUCCAAGAUGGACGAGGGUGAGGACAAAGGGACUGCAGUCAAGUCUAUAGAAAUUACCUCUAUCCUCAAUGGCUUGCAAGCCUCGGAGAUGUCCUCGGACGAGAGUGAGCACGAGGAUGAGGAGGCGGAGCAUCUUGAAGAGGAUCACCCAGGUUGCAGAGGCAGCCUCAGAAAGGCCCCACUAGAGUCGGCGCAAACAUCAGAGCGUUGGGAGGGCGGGACUCCUCCUGAAGGGUCCAAAUCGGCUCCAGUCUCAGGAAAGAGCCAGGAUGUAGUCAAUGCAGAGAGCACAGACUCUGGGAAGCGCAGAAGUCAUCCUGAGUCAGAGGGAGAGGCAAGCACCAGGAAGAGGAAAUCUGACAGUGCAGCUGAGAGGACCCUGAAAGGCCAAUCCAAAGCUAAGACGAGGAACACCAGGAGUGCCGACUGGUUACCUGGAGGCUCUCCCAGGAAAAUGGAUGAGAGAGCGUCCGGUCCCGGGGAGGAGAGGGGCCCCUCAUCCAACAGCAGCUCAGAUUCUGAGGGUGCAGCGCUGGCCGAGGCCCCGGCUGAGGGACCCCAACGAGGCCGCCCAAAGACCAAAGGUUCCCCCUCUAAGAAAUACAACGGGAUGAAGGAGAAGUCCAAAUCAAGCAGACAAGCAGGGUUCUGGGAGAUUCCUGAAAAGAGGGCAAAAGCAUCUGGGAAUGCUGAGGAAAGGCCUGCGGUCCGUGCCAAAGGACAAAAGGAUGUGUGGUCAAGCAUCCAGGCGCAGUGGCCGAAGAAAACUCUCAAAGAGUUGUUCUCUGACUCGGACACAGAGGCCGCCAACUCUCCUCCCCCGCCUGUACCCUCUUGCCUGGAGGAGCCGAGUCUGGACCAGGAUGCUGGGCCCGAGGAAGAAGCCUCAGAGGAGCAGAUGGAGAACGACAAACUCCAGGAGUUUCCCAGCAGCGGCAGUAACUCUGUGCUCAACACGCCGCCAACAACGCCUGAGUCCCCGUCUGGAGGAGGCAGCACCGUGGAAGACUCUGUUCCAGUGCAGCCUUCCUCCCCACCGCCGUCCAUCCCCCCUGCCUUGCCUUCAGAGACAGUUGCUGACGCUCUUCCCCCAGGACCCAUACCGGAGGAGGUGGCAGGCGGGCGCAGUGAGACGGACAGCAGCACGGUGGAGGUGGAGAGUCUGGGCGGGGAGCUGCAAGACCUCCCUCAGGACGAAGGGACGGGUUCACCCUCGAAGGUUUUCGACGUCAGCCUCUCCUACAACAACAGCAGCAGCAACUGCAGCCUGGAGCUGAGCAGCAGCAGCCAACAGGAGAGCGAGCAGAAGUCCAAAGGUACAAAUAACGCGUCUGCGAGUCAGAAGCGGCAGAAAGAAUCACAGACAGGCGGAGCCACAAAGAAACAAAAGCCAAACCGCAAGAGCAUAGGUGUGCCUCCAAAAAAGAAUAGGAAAACAGCCCACAGCAGUGACAGUGAGGACCAGUCUGUGGUUGAGGGCAGUGCCAAAUCAACUCCCUCUAAGAUCAACACAUCAGACGUGAAGGCUGCCGCUUCGCCCAAGUGUCACGGACGAUCUCCGCCCUCGAGCCAUAAGUACCACAAGCAGAGUGAAGCCGACCAUGGCCAUCACCGAGACCACCAUGGGAGAUCGCAGCGUGUCUACAAGUGGAGCUUCCAGAUGUCUGACCUGGAGAAGAUGAGCAGUCUGGAGAGGAUUUCAUUUCUUCAGGAGAAACUGCAGGACAUCAGGAACCACUACCUCUCCCUCAAGUCUGAGGUGGCUACCAUCGACCGACGACGAAAACGCAUGAAGAAGAAGGAACGGGAAAGUACGGUGGCUGCUUCCUCUUCAUCCUCCUCCUCCUCGUCCCCGUCCUCCAGCUCGCUGACUGCGGCGGUCAUGCUGACACUGGCUGACCCUCCGGUGUCAUCCUCCUCCUCUCAGAACUCUGGGGUAUCAGUGGAGUGCAGGUGACAGGACGAACCAGUCACAAGCCACCGCACCAAGCACUUAACCAGCACCCUGGGGUCACCGCCCCCAUUCCCUUCAAACAGGACAGACAACUAAACCUACAUACUGUAACUACUGGGGCACAAAAUCCAGACCAGAGACAAAAAAAAAACAAGAAACAAGCACUAUUUUCUAUUGACAACUGUUUCCUUGGCAAGCUAACGGCACUUAAGUGCACUUUUAUGAAGAUUGUGUAGGGGGGGGAUGAAAUUUGUCAACAACAACAACAAAAAUAUUGUCUUUAGCGCUCUCUUUAAUUGAACAUUUCUAAGAAUUGUUUUUGCAAGCAAUAAUUUUUUUUCCAUUUGAAAAAGUUGUAUUGGUAACAGAUGAUUUCCAGCGAUGACCCCUUGAGCCCUGUCCUCAUGGCUCCGCAUGGCACAGCCUGCGUUUGCCGUGUUUUUAUUAUUCUGGGGAAUUCCGAGGAACACUGCCACAUUGGCAUAGUGGGCGUUUUGAAAUUAAACUUUGCCAGUUUCUCUGUCCACUCGCAUUACAAGGCCUUUAAACCUCGAGCGGUUGACGAUGGUCUUCUCAUGUAAAGGGGUGUGGUCCCGUAGGUGUUCCCACUGAGUCACACCAGGUGGUGAUAGAGAGGGUUUCCGACCGUCACAGGUCCACUGACAGCCUCAGUGGAUGAAUAUGAUGAAUAAGGAAUGAUACUGUAGUGCCUUUUUGUUAUUUUCUGCUGGGCACUUUGAGAAAGGACAGCACCCCC